UCGCCUCUGGGUCUUGGUCGCGACAUCGGAACAACUCUCACCGUGAGUUCAGCACCAAGGACGGAUACCGCCAUCCACAACUCGCUUGGGUGUUAUUUACGGACUAAAGCUCUCUAGAGCACAGGUCCUCUGCAUCGGAAUUUCAGAGCGACCACCUGCUACCCAUGACCCACUUCGGCAGUGACGUCACGACGGGCGGGCCAGUGCGCAGGAUCAGGAGGUGGGCUCUACCAGCUGUCUAAACAUAAUACGUACGUAGGCCAUGGAGGUGCCAGCGCACCGUUAUUCCGUACGCUGGUGGUGCUCCUAAGACACAGGACGUGCUGUAAAGAUUCUUUGGAGCCAGGCGCUGUAGGAAGGAGAGAAACGUUACCACGCUGGCCGUAUGGGUGACCACGGGCUUCCGAGGGAUGCAGAGUGAGUUAGGCUUAGACAGCAUGGGGGACAUGCACGGGGGUUCCCAUAGCACCGAACAAGUGCAGUCAGCUGAACUGCUCAGCGGUCAUAGUCCGCAUAAUGAGGUGUCCGUCAGUCGGCCGCUCAGUCUCUCUAACAGUUUAUCGGGACUGGUCGAUCAAGACUACCGACCGCCGAGUCUGCAGGAUCCGACCUUCCAACCUGUCCCACCUCACCCGAGUAUCAGCCCGGUGCCGAUCUGCGAGGUGAACAUGGCGAGUUCAGCGGCCGGUCUCCCGUCUUACACCUCCUCGAGUUUCACGACUCUGACGCCCCUGCAGCCCCUGCCUCCCAUCUCCACGGUGACGGGAGACAAGUACCGCACCAAUGUCAGCGGAUCCUUCACCCUCAUGCACCACCACCACCACCAGCCCCCUCCUCCUCCCAACCUACACAUGAACCACAUGCAGACCCCGUACGACAAGAUGCCCGGGAUGGGACAGAGUCUUUCGCCGGUGUCCAACCCCAUGAUGGCCAACGGGCUUGGCGGGAUGCAACACACCGGGCACCUCCAGCAAGCCAUCCCCCCUUACGGACACUCACCCCCGAGUAACGGCCUGGAACACCACGCUAAACUCAUGGGGAACGGCUACGAUCAUCAGAUGCUACCUCACACCCAGCCCGUCCCCUCACCCCCGGGGCUCCACCAUCCCCACCCCCAGAACAAUCGGAUAACGCAGCUCUCCAACCCCGUCGUAACGUUCAACGGUUAUGCCAACCACCAUACCCCACACCCCCAGUCCACCUCCCCGCCUGCCUCGGCGGCGUCGCGAGACCGUAGCUCCUCCAAGACAUCUUCUACCGGAGAAGUCGAAGAGAUCAACACCAAAGAAGUCGCUCAGAGGGUGACCAGUGAACUCAAGCGUUACUCCAUACCCCAGGCCGUCUUUGCGCAGAAGAUCCUCUGUCGGAGUCAAGGAACUUUAUCCGACCUCCUCCGCAACCCAAAGCCAUGGAGCAAACUCAAGUCUGGAAGAGAGACGUUUAGAAGGAUGUACAAGUGGCUGGAAGAGCCCGAAUUUCAGCGGAUGUCUGCAUUACGGCUUGCAGUGCAAAGCGGGGAACAUAGAAGCCAGAGCCGCUCGUCCGCAGCCCGCCCGGCGGCCCCAUGUGUUCCUGCGCCCGCCCGUCCCGCCGACCCCUUCUUCGGUCCCGUCCAUCCGCCCGAUGAAUUCGAUCUGGACCAUUUGUCGCCCAUAGAAGCAUGUCAGAGGAAAGCUUAUCAGGACCACGGCCGACCCGCAGCCACCAACUCAGCGUGUAAGCGGAAAGAACAAGAAGCUGCGAAGCCGCCGGAGCAGAAGGGUCCGAAGAAGCCCCGGCUAGUGUUCACUGACCUGCAGCGGCGGACGCUGCACGCCAUCUUCAAGGAGAACAAGAGGCCUUCUAAGGAGAUGCAGGCGCAGAUCGCCAAGCAGCUGGGCCUCGAUCUGAGUACCGUCUGCAACUUCUUCAUGAACGCUAGGCGGCGCUCGCAGGACAAGUGGCAGGAGGACGAAGGGAAGAGUGCAGGUUCCUCAAGCAACGGCUCCACCCCGACUAGCUGUACGAAAUAGGUCUAUCUGCAAGCCUGCUCACCCCUAAUCUUUAGGAAUGGAUCAAUCCAGUUUGGUAGUUGAGCCGAACGAUGUGGAACAAGCUACUACUUGAUAAGGGGAGACCAGGCUUACAGACGUCAUUUCCAACAAAGUGUGACCCUCAAAGCCACACACUUCCUUUAUGACAUGCAUAAUCAUGUGAUCUUUUGCGCAAGGGGUUGUGGGUGAAGACGUUAUGCAAAUGUGUGCAAAUGAGUCAUUCGAAUCACUGGCCAUCCUCUGCUUAUGGUGUUCAAAAGUAGCUACGGUCGGACGCGAAAAAAUAACGAGGCAAAAAGGCAAGGCAUUCCUAUCACCUUCUUUUCCUCCUUAUAUAUUUUCUAUCCUCAUUGUAUCAUGAAGUGAUUUAGACUUGCGAGGGCCAAUCCGUGUUAAAAUAAGUUGUCUUCCAUGUUUCAUGCUGCUCCUUCGGAUUAAGUAUUGGCGCUCGUCAUUGGCUGAAGUUACCCAUCAUGCUCUUUAUACGUUUGCCUACAUUUGCAUAACGACUUCACCACAAGAGCGAGUUUGAAGGGGAGAAGUCCAGAGAACGUUAUAAUUAUCGCUCCCUCAAGGACUGUUAUUGCUAGGGUACAUUCUAACAUGUGCCUAUAUCUAGAGGCAUGACGGAGUCUUGCCUUGAUAAUUAUGUCGAUCUAGAACUAAGCUUUAAAAUUAAGCCAAAUAUCCUAGUGCUGAGGAGGGCUCUGAGUUGGAAAAGUAGAGGUUUUCGAACCACUGAAGACAGGAUAAAAGAGCUAGUACACAAAACGCCAUUCCCAGACAUGUACAAAUUUGAUAAAAGAUGCUCUCGCGAGAAACAGUGGGGACGAGAGCAGGCUCAGAAAGCUCAAGUCACGCAAGAUAUCGCGAGUCUUGCACGACGAUACCACACGACUUUGCACCGAAAGGAACAGAUUCUCAAAUUUACUCCAUAAUUAUCUGACGCCCCUGCAUUGAUAUCGGUGCGUCCUAUCCGUAGAUUCUACCACAAGUAAAAUUAGGCGUACCGUAUCGAUUCAGGGGUGUUUUGCCAUUCUCAGAUAACACAACUUCCAUUCUGCAAUCCGUUUUCCAUUUGCCACAUGACAAUCAACAGGCUUUAACCUCCCACAGUCAACAACCCAUCCUCCAUAGAUCCGAUGCAAGAAACACGUUCAAAGAUACGCCCUACUUUGCGCUAACCCAGCCGGCCAAGCUAAGGAGUUCCGACGUUACAGUUUGGACAGCCUAGGUUAGCGCCACAAAUCUCCAACAUAAUUAGAACUACUACCUCAGCAAUCUCUCUACUUUGUACCAAACUAUACCAAAGAUUGCUUAGUGAUCGUUGUGGAACGUUACGUAGUCGUGAAAUGUGCACAAAUAGUUUCCUUGCGUCUUACCAAUCAUGGCUUGGCAUAUUUUGCAAGAAAUUUUAGAUCUAUAUGUAUUUUUUUGAUGUGUUGAUGUUGAUAUGCUGGGUAUAGUUUAAAGUGGUGUGAAAUAAGGUGUUAUAAAUGAUGAUUUCAUGUACAUUCCAGAUGGAAAUAUGCAGGAGUCGGGCUAUACUUAAUUGCGGAGUGUAAAAUACUUAUGAUUAUAUCUUAUGAAGCUAGCCUUUUCUGUGUAAUGGCAAACUUCGUUUUGGUCAAAUCCAAAAGAGUUUUCAUCAAAUUGGCGCUUCCGGAUAAGACCGAUCUUUCCGUUAGUAUCAGUAUCGUUGAAUUGUUCGUCCAGUUGUUUUGUCCGGAGUCGAAUUGUUUCUGUUGUUGACAGGAAAAGGAAGACAUCCACGUUUUGUUGCAGGUCGUAAGCAAGAAAAACAAUGCGUCAUUAAACAGCCACUAACAUUUAUCUCAGACAAACUUGGCAGCGACCCUGUAUUGUAAAGAGUGGGGUGCGCUGCUCUGAGAGAGAUCGUCCAACAUUCGGAGUCCGCGAUGCAGAUCGACAGGGACCUUUUCCGUGAUUUCUGUUGUAACCGUGUUUACUUUGGAACAGUUGUUUGACGUCCACACUGGUGUGGUCAGUCGUGACUCGUGUUGUCAAUAGCCUUGCGUUUUACGGCACCGAUUCGAUCGGCCAUCGUUAAAAACAAAAUGGCGUACAGUGGUGCUGUACAAUAAUAAUACAUACCAAAGAUUUUAAGGGAUGCAAGUCAAUGUCAACCAAAGAUAAUGCCAAAUGAAAAAAAGAAAAACAAGAACACUGCACAAAGACACCUACACACCCACACAACACACUUCCGUCUGACAAUAUACCUCAAUCAUAUCACACUCGUUCCUCUCUUGGAGCCUGUAUAACAACCAUGCAACCAAUGACACUGCUCUGUGGAAAUCUCAGUCUAAAACUUUACCUCUUCUGUGCUGUGCAAGUCUGUCCGGACGAAUCCGCUUGCUUCAGAGGCAGGGGUGGAAUUUUGGAGCAAUUUAUGUUCUUCCAUUCCAACAUCUGUGAAUAUGAAAAACAAUUUCUUUUUCUGUUGCAAGUUGUUUACUACACCCCUCGCCAAAUGACUUGGCUCAGUCCAAAGAUCCCGUAGCAUUGGUUUGAUUGGUCGCCCGCUUCUGCACUGUCUGGAUUAUUACGUCAUUGAUCCCUUAUGUGAAACUGUAUAAUUGACUUAGCAAUUAGUGCAAUUCUUAUCAACAGGGUCAAAUGAUAUUGUUGUCUUGUCUAUUGUUAACAGAUUGUAAGUAUUGUUCACAUUUCUUCAAGUACUAGAUUGUAAUAUAUUUCCCCAAAGAUGGCCAAAGGUCUUGUUUUUGGAUGUAAUAAUUCCUGUGACACUUGUGAAUUUUGUGUUCAGAGCAAGAAACGGAACUUUUGUUAAAACCUGUAAGUAAUGUAUACAAAAUUAUUGAGAUAAGAGAAGCUAGGGUAAACUAUAGUUAGCGUCGAAUCAAUAAUAUAUUGACCGUGGAAGAUGAGUGGGGUAAGGAAAAGAUGAUGUAUAAAGAGUCGACAUUGGUGGGACUAAGCUGUGAACGAUAGUUAAGUUGAAACUAUAAGAUACGGAUGACUAUUGGUACAUUGAAGAAUACAAGAAGAACGUAUACAGUAUGAUACAAAUAUGUAUGAAUAAGGCUCCAAGGCGGCAACAGUAGUUGGAUAGAAUAUGCACAUCAAAUUAUGCUUCACAGAUGAAAAAAACAACAAAGAUUAGCACUUACAGUAUGCCUUACCAAUGAUAAGUUUGCAAACAAAAAAUGUAAAUUGUAUAUAGACGGGGAGGGUGGAUGGUACUGUAAAAAGUGUGCAAUACAUUGUAGAAUGAACGUUGGAAGCGAGAGGUCAGGGGUCGGAGGGCAAGCAAUAACCCAAAGUUACUCUUAGGUACGCAUGCACUGGCAAAACAAUCCUUACGAGACAGAAAACUUUGUACUUUAUAGAUUCCACCCCGUACCUACUGACUGCGGUUACCCCUAAUUCUGUGCAAUAUAUGAGAAUGGGGUAAUGCCGCGGGGCAGGUCGGGAUCGCCUUCUUGCCAACAUGAAUGUAGCACCAUGAUUAGAGAGACCGGUAGUGGCACAUCGCUAGCUUGCUCGCGUGGCCCCUAGAGUCGAAAAAUCGCAUUUAGACGCUUGUGCAAUGCUUCUUCUAUACAUAGAGGUAGGUAGACAUAGUAGUUUUUGCUCCGUCGUCCUUUUGGCGGCCUUCAGCUCAGGCGUCGCCUUCUGAACCAUCUGAAGACCGCAGGAGAACGUAAGGAAAAGGGACAGGAGUUUUAGUGUAGUGCUUCAAGCCGCAUAUCCCUAGUGCAAGUGCGCCCCAUGUAGGCUAUCAUCAAAUGAUAGGCUGUACAUUUUUAGGAAUAUCUGCAAUAAAUACCUUUUUCAAAAGCCACA